GAGAAGAAGGAGCAUCUCCACGGCGAUCGAGGUUACCUCAGAGAUGCGCACAUUCGCUUUUUCGCUCUAUGGGCAAUCAGACAUUUGAGCAAAUCUCGCUGCCAUUGUAGCCAGCUGAGGCUGGACGACCUUUCUCUCUGUCGUCGCCGACGUUGCUUCGCCAGGAAAGCGAGUGCAGAAUUCGAUCUCGCCGUGGGAAUAGCUUCAGCAUUUUCGCAUCUACUCCAGACGUCGGGAUUUUGUUAUUUUAACAGCGAUGGCCUCCAAAUCGAAAUCGCUGCGAUUCUGCAGCCUGCAAAUCCUGCUGCUGGCUCAAUUAGCGAUGGGGCAGCAGUUCAGAAUUGGCAAUAACGUUGCCGCUAGCAAAGUCAAUAUGCCAACGAUAUCCAAUAUCGAGGCGGACGCUUUUAUCAGCAGGGCUUUCCAGGCCAUGGAGCAAAAGUUCCAGAAACAAGGAGGCAUAGAGAGUAGUAAAAAGGACAAAAGCCAAAAUUUGACUGAAAUGGCGCUCAUAGCCGAGGAGGCAUCCAAAUACAUUGUACACUCAUUUAACCUUAACCGAGAUCAAGUGAUCCACGGUCUGCCACUGGUGGACAUCAGAAAUACGCCUCUGGGCAAAAAUUGUCCUAUCACCGUCGAGCUCCCGUGCCAACCUCGAAGGUACAGGGCACAUUCAGGGUUUUGCAACAACGUGCAAAAUCCACACUGGGGCACAGCGAAUACUCGGCUGCUCAGGUUUCUCCCACCUGACUAUGGAGAAGGUGUGAGUAUCCCUCGACACAGUGUGAGCGGAGAGGGCCUUCCGAGUGCAAGCACCGUGUCCGAAGGGAUCAGAGAGUCGCAGCACCAAGUGUCCAACCACUCGCACCUGAUGCCCAUCGUGGCCGUGUGGGGAGAAUUCGUGGCCAACGAUAUUUUUCACGCACCGCGAAUGUCAGGUUCAAAAGGCGAGCGCCUGAAAUGCUGUUCCAUCAGUUUUAAUGAGUUCCACGAGGAGUGCUUCCCCAUUGGCGUGACUGACAACAAUUUCAAGCACGAGAAGAAAUGUCAAGAGUACGUGAGAUCGGCCACAGCACCGCGCAUCGGCUGCACUUUGGGCCCAAGGGAGCAGCUGAACAAAGCGACGUCCUACCUUGACGGCUCGGUUGUUUAUGGAAAUUCUUACGAGGAGGCCAAAUUCUUGCGGACCGGCUCGAAGGGUCAGCUUCGCAGUUUCGUCACCAACAGUGGCAAGCACCUGCUGCCGCUCGCAGAUGAGACCAGAGACUGCCAAAAUUCCCAGUGCUUUUUGGCCGGCGACCCCCGGGUUAACGACUAUGGCGAGCUCACCGCGCUGCACACUUUGUUUUUGCUGGAGCACAACAGAUUGGCAAGCGAGCUGGCUAAUUUGAAUCCGCACUGGGGCGACGAGACCAUCUACCAAGAGGCGCGGCGUAUUGUGGCCGCCCAGAUUCAAUACAUCACCUACAACGAGUUUUUGCCCGUGCUGCUCGGCCAAAACUUGAUGGAUUUUUACAAAAUGAAGCCGCAAAGCGCCGGCUACAGCUCGGGGUACGAUCUGGAUUUCAACGCUGCCAUUAGUAACGGCGUGGCAAUUACCGCGCUCCAAUUUAUUGCCUCCUCUCUGCCAAAUGCUUUUAACUUUUACAACGAGAAAAAAUCAAAAGUCCAAAUGUCUGAUGGCAUUAACCACGUGCUGAACGGUCUCCUGCAACAUCUCAGCGAGGAACGGAACACCGCUGACGAGCCUAAAAAAGACACCGCAGCGCAAAUAAUUCAACAAGGCAGGGACCAUGGCAUCCCAAGCUACACCAAGUGGAGGCAGUUUUGCAACCUAACAAAAGUGGAUAAUUUCCUCGACUUGGCGGAAGUGAUGUCGAUCAAGUCGAUGUCGGCGCUCAACAAAAUCUACAAUGACGUCGACGAUAUCGAUUUGUUUGCCGGAGGGCUCUCGGAAAACCCACUCGAAGGAGCUCUUGUUGGACCAACAUUUGCCUGCCUGCUCGGCCUGCAGUUCCACUACUUGAAGCACGGUGACAGAUAUUGGUUUGAGAACGACCUGCCCCCCUCGGCUUUUACGCUCGAUCAGCUCACCGAUAUCAGAAGGACGAGUCUGGCGCGCAUUCUCUGCGAUAACGCAGAAAUUCACGCCAUCCAGCCGCAGGUCUUCCUUGAAGACGACGCGUACUUGAACCACAAAAUAAAUUGCAGGGGCAACGCGUUGGACAGAAUGACUCUAAAGCCGUGGCACGUCUCGUCGCCUAAAUUUAUACUGCCACCAACUUUGCUGAGCGAGGCCUUUUCCGUAGCCAAAGAGGACGCGAGCAAAGUUUUGGCUCAGGAGCUGUCGCUCUUCCAAAACAAAAAAACCGCACACCCGCACUCGCCCACCGGCACGGCGUUUGGAUUCAAUCGGCCCACCAUCCAGGCGACUGAAAUUGCCAACACGUCGCUUCUGUUGCAAUUCGCCUCUGCCAGUUUCGUCAGCAGCUUCCUUCAGGGACAACUCGCCGACCCAGAAAUCGGCCACAGCGGACCAGCUCCACGCGACCUGAAGGAGCUGCUCAGUCUGCUGCCGACCGUCGAUAUUUCAGAAGAAAUAGUUAUUCCUAGGGUGUUUAAGUGCGACGAGCAGACCUUGCCUUGCGACCAUACAAGCAAGUUCAGAACGGCGACGGGCUGGUGCAACAACCUGAAAAGACCUGAGCUCGGAAAAUCACUUAGGGCAUUCACGCGCCUGCUGCCCUCCUCGUACGAUGAUGGGCUGAGCAUCCCCCGAGCAACGUCUCUUAUUGGAGGGCCACUUCCGAGCGCUCGACUUGUUUCGACCAGCAUCCACGACGACAUCAGCUUCCCUCACACUAGAUACACACUCAUGUUUAUGCAGUUCGCCCAGCUGCUCGACCACGAUCUUACGCACACCCCAGUUCACACAGGUUUCCAAAACUCCAUUCUCGAGUGCAAAGAGUGCGACUCUCAGGUGACCCUCCACCCCGAAUGCUAUCCAAUUCCGGUGCCCGCAAACGAUCCUUACUACCCCAACAUUAACAGCACGACCGGGAAGCCAGUAUGCAUCCAGGUCACCCGCUCCCUGCCCGGCCAACUCACCCUUGGCCCGAGGGAGCAGUUGAACCAGGUCACCGCCUUCAUCGAUGCCUCUUUCAUUUACGGGUCGGACUCGUGCAAAAUGGAAUUACUCAGAUCGAACGGUGGCUUCCUAAAUGUCACCAGACACCCCAACAGAGGCAAAAGCUUGAUGCCCCAAAUUACGACGCAUCCCGAGUGCAGAUCGCAGUCUGGAAAAUGUUUCAAUGCCGGUGAUGCGCGUUCGUCCGAACAGCCAGGUCUCGCUGCGAUUCAUACGGUUUUCAUGCGAGAGCACAACAGAAUUGUUGCCGAAUUGUCUAAGCUAAACAGGCACUGGAACGCUGAUACGCUUUAUUUACACGCGAGGCGAAUUUUGUCCGCGGUCACGCAGCACAUGGUUUACAGCGAAUUUUUGCCACGACUGCUCGGCAUGGAAGGCAUCCAAAAGUUUGACUUGGCGUUGCAAGGCAGUGGAUAUUACGAAGGUUACGACCCCACAUGCGACGCAACAAUAGUCAACGAGUUCGCAGCAGCCGCUUUCCGGUUCGGCCACAGCCUCCUGAAGCCAAAUUUGGGCAGAAUGGAUCACUUGUUCGGGCACUCGGGUCCAAGCGUGCGGCUGCGUGACACUUUCUUCAACCCGGACCUUUUGUACGAGCCAGGAAUGGUCGACGAACUGCUCAGAGGCCUAGCCACCACCCCCAUGGAGAACUUGGACAAUCACAUUACCGAGGAAGUGACUAACCACCUCUUCGAAGACAAACGAAUCCCUUUCUCGGGAAUGGAUCUGGCUGCUAUCAACAUUCAGAGAGCUCGUGAGCAUGGUAUAACCGGAUACAACAACUACAGAGAGCAUUGCAAUCUGACCCGCGUGAGCUCUUUUGACGACCUUCGAGGAGAAAUUCCCGACAACCUGAUUAGAUCCUUCAAAAGAAUUUACAAACACGUGGACGACAUCGAUCUUUUCCCCGGUGGUUUGGCCGAGAGGGCCAUUUUGGGAGGUUUGGUCGGACCCACCUUUGCUUGUAUCAUCGGCAGGCAGUUCCACGUGCUAAAAAAGUGCGAUCGGUUUUGGUACGAGAACUCAGACCCGUUGGUACGAUUCACGGAACCACAGCUGGAGGAGAUCCGACGGGCGACCCUCUCGAAAAUCGUGUGCGACAACUGCGACGGCGUGACGUCCAUCCAAAAAUCGCUCAUGGACCUGGUGCACCCAUUCAUGAACCCACGAGUGAAAUGCAAAUCUCUUCCGUCGAUUGACCUGAGUCUGUGGAAGGAGCAAAAGUCGUGCACAAAGGAAGGACAGGAAAUCGAAUUGGGCGCCACCAAGAAAAUAUCACCCUGUGUCAUGUGCACCUGCACUUCGGAAGGGCCGCUGUGCCAAUCGCUCAAGAUCGGAAAUUGCUUCCAACUGGCUAGCACGUUCAAACCAGAAGCCGUCCUCGAGGACAACGUGUGCAAGGUUCAGUGCGCUUUCAUCUUCAGGGCACUACCUAAAGUCACCCUGAACACAAACGAGCUGCUCGGCUUUUCGAGCGGUAAAAAUUAGGCCCGCACAAAAACCACGUGCAUAGCCGUUUUCAUUUGCGACUCGAAUUGGCGAGUAAAUAGCGGUGCUCUCUGUAAAUUAUUCAGCGGCCGUGUUUAUUUUUGCUAUGCAUAUGUAAAAGGGAAUACAAAACGAGACGAUGUAGAAACACUAGCUCGUUUGUUCAACAAAAGAUCCUUUUUCAGGCAUGCAGUUACGCUGCACGGACGUACGUCAUGAUGUAAAUUUUUGAAUAAAUUUCUACGUUUAGCACA